UCCCUUAUUUUUCAUUAAUCUCAAUCUGUCCCAAUUCAGAUCACGCACACCUGUCCAGAGGCGAGGCAAACACACACCUGUCUUCAAGCAAACCAACAAACAAACAAGGAAACAAACAUGAUUGCUCAGGUGUCUCUCAUCACCCUCCUGCUGAUCCAAGGCGCCCUCUGCUUCCCUGCUGAUCACGGCGUUGAGCAGAAGUCUUAUAAGGAUCCUGGCAUGCCGUACAACUUUGCCUACGGAGUGAAGGAUGACUACGCUGGCACAGACUUCGGCCAACAGGAGAACAGUGAUGGUAACACAGUCAAGGGAUCCUACACUGUCCAGCUCCCCGACGGCCGCAAGCAGACGGUGAACUACGCGGCUGACCACUACAAUGGCUUCGUGGCUGAUGUCCAGUACUAUGGCGAAGCUCAGUACCCCCACGAUUACGCCCCCGCUGUCACCUUCCCCCCACAAGGCUACGGACACAGCGCCCCCGUAUACCAACCCCAGCCCACCUAUAGCUAAACUCACCCCCCCACGACCACGCCCACGCCCUAUUGUUAACUGACACGCCUAUUGUUUUAAGAUAUUUUGUCCCCUCUCAGUGAUUCUUCGUACCAAAGUUUUGUGUUUUGUCUGUCUGUCUGUCUGUCUGUCUGUCUGUUUGUCUGUCUGUUUUUUGUUGUGAAAUAAAUGUUUGUUUAUCAGUA